AUGGCUGCAAACGGAGAAAAACAACAGGGCCACAGACCCGGCGUUUAUAAGCAGAAAAAUAAAGGUCAUAAACAUGGCAAGCAUCGGACGAAGGGUGAUCUUGAAAGGGAUAAUAAAGGCAGAGUAUCGGUAACCGUCAUCAGCAAAAAACAAAGGAGAGAGCAGAGGAAGAUGGACAGGAGACAUAAUGCAAACCAACUACGACGGAAUAAAAAGGACAUGGUUCUGGCAGAAAAACGGAGAUUGGGUAGCAAGGACGGCCCUCCUCACUUGGUUGUUGUUGUGACACUUCAUGCCCAAGUCAGUGCCAACGCUGUCACUAAACUUCUUCGUGAGGAAGGAGCAGGGGGCAUUGUACAUCAAGAACGAUUCAUCAGUGGGGUUCCGGACAGUUUUGGAUUAAUGCUGCCCCGAUUUAAACAAAGAUUCAUUGUAAUGAAUCAAAGUACUGCUGAUUUGCACUCCCUGCUGGAUAUUGCAAAGGUUGCAGACAGUCUUGUAUUUGUGUUGGACCCCACUGAAGGCUGGGACAGCUAUGGGGACUACUGUCUUUCUUGUCUCUUUGCUCAGGGCUUGCCCAGUCAUGCACUGCUCAGUCAAAUUGAUGCCCCAGCAGAUCCACUUCCCAUGAACAUUUCAGCUCUUCGAGUAGCAAAGCCUGGCAAAGAUGUUGACAUGAUUGAUGGAGGUGCAGAGGAGCCUACUCGAGUGCUAAUGAGAGCAGACCCAUCUCGUCGGGAAAGUCUGCAGGCUGAAGCAGAAGUGGACCCCAUGGAUGGAGAACAAACAUGGCCCACAGAGGCAGAGUUGCUCGAAGCUGAAGAGUCUAGGAAGAACAAACGUGUGAUGAAAGUGCCAAAGGGAACAUCGGAUUACCAGGCCGCAUGGAUUGUGGAUGAGGAAAACGAAGACGUCGAUGGAGAAAGCAGUGAGGAAGAUGAUGAUGAUGACGAUAUGAUGGAUGAAGCCAUGGAGGGAGAUGAGGAUCUACAUUCACAGGAACCUACUUCAAGUUGCGUGUCUGAAGAUGAUGAUGCUGAAGAGGAGGAGGAAGAGGUGGUGUGCACCCCAGAGCGAGCUGGUGCGGAUCAGCGCUAUGAUGCGAACAUAGACAAAGCUGCGGAAGAGGAGGGCCUUCAGCGCUACAGAGAGGCUCGAGCCAAUGAGAUGUUUCCUGAUGAAGUGGACACACCCCGAGACACAUCCGCAAGAAACAGGUUCCAGCGUUACAGGGGUUUAAAGAGUUUCCGUGCAUCGCCCUGGGACCCCAUGGAAAACCUGCCUCCAGAUUAUUCACGCAUUUUCCAGUUCCAGAGUUUUGAACGCACCCGCAGACGCAUCCUGACUGAGGCUGCAGCUGAAGACGAGGGGGCCAUGGUGGGUUGGUAUGUUACUCUGCACGUUAUGGAUGUCCCGUCCUCUGUGAUGGAUAACGUCCAGGCAGGCAGACCACUUGUUCUUGUCUCUCUCUUGCCGCAUGAGCAGAAGAUGUCCGUAAUGCAUCUUUUGGUGAGGAGACAUCCAAGCAACACUGAGCCAAUCAAAUCCAAAGAGGAACUUAUUUUCCAUUGUGGAUUUCGAAGGUUUAGGGCUUCUCCUAUUUUCUCUCAGCACACUUCAGCCGACAAACACAAGAUGGAGCGCUUUCUCAGGCCAGACGCCCCCACUGUUGUUUCAGUGUAUGCUCCCAUCACCUUUAAUCCGGCUGGAGUCCUGCUGUUCAAACAACGAGACGAUGGGGCCCAGGAUCUUGUGGCCACAGGCAGUCUGCUGAGUUGUGAUCCACAGCGUAUUGUGCUGAAGAGAAUCGUCAUCAGUGGUCAUCCUUUCAAAAUCAACAGACGAUCUGCAGUUGUUAGAUACAUGUUCUUUAAUCGAGAUGAUAUCAUGUGGUUCAAGCCAGUCGAGCUGCGAACUAAAUGGGGUCGAAGAGGUCACAUCAAAGAAGCUUUAGGAACCCAUGGGCAUAUGAAGUGUGUGUUCGAUAACCAGUUGCCUUCUCAAGAUACAGUCCUUAUGAACCUGUACAAACGAGUGUACCCUCGCUGGACCUUUGAUCCGUUUGUGGUGCGCCCCUCACCCUGGGUCAAAAGAGAGGUCACUGUGGAUAUGCACGACUUUGAGGAUAUGGAGUGA